UACAACGUUGGACCCGCGCCCCUCAUUCAAUAUUGUAUGAUUCUUCCUUUCUCAUACUUCAUUCUAUUGUGUCGUAUAAGUAGAAGUCGAUUGUCCUGUAGUUUAAUUCACAGAAGUAUUUCUGCUUCCAAUGCUUCUUUUCAGUUCUUUAGCCAAGUCCAUUUUUCAUACUAACACGUUUUCAUGCAUUGCAAUUCGAAACUCGAGAAUCUUUUCAUUCACCACUGCCACCAAUGGUUUUCCUUCUACUUCAUCUAUCUCCACAAAUCCUUUCACCAUCAUUAAAUCACACAAGCAUAUACUCUUCUACUACCUCAAUAAUCGAACUUUAGACCAAGCUCGUGCCUUUUUCGAUCAAAUCCCUUCCCCCCAUGUUUCCCUCUACACCAUAAUGCUCCAUGCUUACGCUAGCAACCACAGACUCCACGAAGCUAUCCACCUCUUUCGUCAAAUUCCCUUCAAGGACGUCGUUUCCUGGAACUCCAUGAUUAAGGGGUGUCUACAUUGCGGCGAUAUUGUCACCGCCAGGAAGUUGUUCGACGAAAUGCCGCACCGAACCGUUGUGUCGUGGACCACCCUCGUCGAUGGGUUACUGCGCUUUGGAGUUGUCGAGGAGGCUGAAGCCUUGUUCUGGGCAAUGGACCCUAUGGACAGGGAUGUGGCUGCGUGGAAUGCAAUGAUUCAUGGGUAUUGUGGUAAUGGUAGAGUUGAUGAUGCUUUGCGAUUGUUCCGCCAAAUGCCUUCUAAGGAUGUGAUUUCUUGGAGUUCUAUCAUUGCUGGGCUUGAUCACAAUGGAGAGAGUGAACAAGCAUUGGUUGUUUUUCGCGACAUGGUGGCUUCUGGUGUGUGUCCAUCUUCUGUUGGCUUGGUUUGUGGGCUGUCUGCUGCUGCUAAGAUACUGGCUUUUCACGUGGGGAUUCAAAUUCAUUGCUCUGCGCUCAAGCUGGGUGACUGGCGUUUUGAUGAAUUUGUUUCUGCUUCACUGGUUACGUUUUAUAGUUGUUGCAAACAGAUAGAAUCUGCGUGCUGGGUUUUUUGUGAGGCACUUUGUAAGAAUGUGGUGGUUUGGACAGCUCUAUUGACGGGGUAUGGUUUCAAUGAUAA